GUCAGUCGGUUCGAGUCUGCGGAGUAGAGAGGUUCGUUGUUCGUGUAAUUCUUUCGUGUUCUCUCGUUUUGGAACGAUUUGUGCUCGGGAGGCCUUGAAUAUUGUGAAAAACCAGAAAAAUAUUGUGCUGACGUUCAUUGGAUACUUACCCAUAAUCUCCAUCAGGAGAAGGAUUAACAAAAAGUGUCAAAAUAGUGUUUUCGUUGACUCCGAAUAGAGAUGUACGCGCGUGCUAGAGUGCAGUGCGCGACAGUUGUUUAAACGACUAAAGUUGGUAAUUUUUCUAAUUAAUCGACGAAGAAAGUCGAUCUGUGGCGGAAAUCAGUAAGGGAGAGAGAAGCGUUGCUUUUCUGGCAUCGCCGUUCGAGAAGGAAGAGCGUCUCUCUUUCUCUCUCUCGCACCUUGUGCUUCCACGCUCCGUCGGUCUUUUUCCGAGUUGCGGGGCGCUAAAGUUACUCCCUGCAUUACCGACGGUUACCGUUCGGUUCGUUGGCGUUCGCUUGUUUUUUUCUCUUUGCGAGGUAGAGCGACGAAACCACGAGGAGGUAUCGGCGACGAGGGUGCGAUUUUCCUCGAUGAGGAGCUAAUCUCGGAUGGAGAGCGGGUGGAUGGCUCGUCGAGGUUGCAGGGCGAGAAUUUCGAAAGUAUCGUGCCAAGAGAAACGGCUUUGCCAACGUCGUCACAGGGUUCUCUCUUAGCCGCGCGUGUGUCCUUUGUUGGUAGUUGUGUGGUGGUUUGGUGAACCGUAGUGUUGGCGCGAUGACGGCAUUUUUCGCUAAUCGUACCGUGCACUGAAACAUCGCUGAAGAGAACAGCGACCAAGGAAACUUAGAGAUAAAGAGACCGUAGUGAUUUCUGCGGAUUCUAAAAGCCUGGAAAAUGUACCCCAGCGCUGGAAUAAAUGCCGCCGCGGUGGCAGCGGCUGCAGCUGCCAGGCAUCCGGGUCCACCGCAGCCUGGACAACCGUUUAAAUUUUCAGUGGCCGAAUCCUGUGAUCGGAUAAAGGAGGAAUUCAAUUUCCUCCAAGCUCAGUACCACAAUUUGAAGUUGGAGCUAGAGAAACUGGUUCAGGAGAAGACUGAUUUGCAGCGCCACUAUGUCAUGUAUUACGAGAUGGCGUAUGGCCUCAAUGUUGAGAUGCACAAACACACUGAGAUCGCGAAAAGAUUAAACGCAAUUAUUGCUCAGAUUCUUCCUUUUCUCUCGCAAGAGCAUCAACAACAAGUGGCCACCGCUGUCGAAAGAGCCAAACAAGUCACUGUGUCAGAACUCAACGCCAUUAUCGGGCAACAAAGGCCAGAAGUGCCGAGGAUAUUCGCUCAACAGAUGCCACCUACGGCUGCAAUGCCACAUCCAGGUCUUGCAGGUCUUCCUGGCAUUGGACCUGGACCUGGGCUUCCAGUACCGACGUCUGCAUCUGCAGCACUUCUUGGCCUUGGAAUUCCUGCUGGAGCUAAUCCUGGUGGAAAUUCCGCUCAUCCUUUAGGAAUAAUGCCAAAGCCAGAUUUGCAUCGAGGACAAUCCGAUGAGAUCAAAGCCAAUGGAGGUCUAAACUCGGCAGAUGAGAGACAUAGAAACUCGAUUUCUCCAGUGGACCGAGAGAAGUAUAGCAGACCCAGGAGUACACCGGAUCCACACAACCAUGACCACAUUUCGUUAAAAAAGAUGAAAAAGGAACAGGAUAAGGAUACAGGCCAUCAAAGCGAUGGUGAAAAGAGUGACCAGGACCUUGUGGUAGACGACGCGAGCGAAGGACCAAACAGUCCUGCUGCCAAUGGAACGUCGUCUCCGAGAGAAAAUGGUCUUGAUAAACAUGGUCCCUCCAAUGUUCCCCUUAAUAAUCAGGUUAAAAAAGAAGUUCCACCUCCAUCUCCCAGGAGUGGAACAAGCAGCAAUGCAAGUACCCCCUCUGCCAAAAAAAUGGAAGAAAGGGAAAAACCGACGACACCAAUUUCUAAACCAGUGACACCCACGUCUGCAGAUAUGUUCGCAGGUGGAAGUAGUUCUGGUUCAGGUGGCAUGAAGCCAUCGAGUUCGAGUAAACCGAUGGUUCCAGCUUCACCAGUAGGUCCUUACCCAUCACACUAUCCACCGCCACAUCAUCCACCCGCAGGACCGCACGUUGAUAUGCUAGGAUAUCCAACGGGAGCUCUUAACGGAUUUCCGGCAAGGCCACAGCUCCAGCAGCUCUAUGAUCCUCACGGAGGAAUGAGAGCACCAAUGGGCCCACUCGGUGUUCCUGGUGGCAAACCAGCUUACAGCUUCCACGUAUCGAGUGAAGGUCAGAUGCAGCCCGUGCCUUUCCCACCUGACGCGUUGAUCGGAGCCGGCAUUCCUCGGCACGCUCGUCAGAUCAACACCUUGACCCACGGGGAGGUCGUGUGCGCGGUAACGAUCUCCAAUCCGACAAAGUACGUCUACACCGGCGGCAAGGGUUGCGUCAAAGUCUGGGACAUCAGUCAAGGAGGCAACAGUAGUGCAAAGCCCGUCUCGCAAUUGGACUGUUUGCAGCGGGAUAAUUACAUCCGAUCUGUGAAGCUCUUGCCGGACGGCAGAACUCUCAUUGUCGGUGGGGAAGCAAGUAAUCUCAGUAUUUGGGAUCUGGCGAGUCCUACGCCUAGGAUCAAGGCUGAAUUAACUUCGUCAGCCCCAGCUUGCUACGCCCUGGCGAUAUCUCCAGACUCCAAGGUCUGUUUUAGCUGUUGCAGUGACGGCAACAUCGCCGUCUGGGAUUUGCAAAAUCAGACUCUUGUAAGGCAAUUCCAGGGACACACGGAUGGAGCUUCUUGCAUCGAUAUUUCCGCUGAUGGGUCGAAAUUGUGGACUGGAGGAUUAGAUAAUACUGUAAGGUCCUGGGAUCUCAGGGAAGGAAGGCAAUUGCAGCAACACGACUUUACGUCACAAAUAUUCUCUCUGGGGUACUGCCCGACGGGAGAAUGGCUGGCUGUGGGAAUGGAGAACUCCAAUGUCGAAGUACUUCACGCUACGAAACCCGACAAAUAUCAACUCCAUUUGCACGAGUCUUGUGUUCUGUCACUUCGCUUUGCUUCCUGUGGCAAGUGGUUCGUGUCCACUGGAAAGGAUAAUCUACUUAAUGCCUGGCGUACACCUUAUGGGGCUUCGAUAUUCCAGUCAAAGGAAUCAUCCUCAGUGUUGAGCUGUGACAUCUCGACAGAUGACAAAUACAUAGUGACUGGCUCCGGUGACAAGAAGGCGACCGUCUACGAAGUGAUAUAUUAAUAAACGCAAUCGAUUUGUUAUUAUCCCUAUUUCCGAAGUCUAAGCUUGUUAAGAUAUAUAUGGAAUUAUACUUCGAGCUACCCAGAAUCUGCAUUCAGACCCGAAAGUCUGCCGUGCGAGAAUGCAUUCUACGAUAUGCAAAA